AAUGUCUGGAACUUUCAGUGGCAAUUUUCUUCUGAAAAACGAUCUUCAAAACCUCUUAACCCUUUCGGCGACUCUGCAACCGUCGAAAUUUCCGACUCCAACGAUUAUGUUGAAGAUGACGAAGAAGUGGACCUAUAUACGCGUCAGACUGCUAACAUGCCCACAUAUUAUGAUGCAAACCUUCCUCUUAUUUCUGACCAAAUUAAAGACGUAUCACCAACGGGUCAAUACGGCACAUUUGUUAGUUUAAUAAUCAUGUUGAUCGGUAUAGCUUUUAAAGAAACCAUUGAAGACUAUAAACGGCACCUUUCUGAUUUAAAGGUCAAUCAAAGAAAAUGUAAAUAUCUUAAUCUUGAGCAUGAAGUAUAUAUAGUAAAGGAAUGGAAUCAAAUAAACGUUGGUGAUAUUAUUCGUGUUGAAGACGGUGAAUUUUUCCCUGCUGAUUUAACAUUACUCAGCAGUUCAGAGCCUGAGAGUUUAUGUUACAUAGAUACAAGUAAUUUAGACGGAGAAACAAAUCUAAAGAUCAAGCAAGCUGUAAAUGAAACAUCACGAUUAAGAUCUCCUAUAGAAACUAGCCGUUUCACUGGAUAUAUUAAAUCUGAGCAACCUAAUGAUAGUCUAUAUAUAUAUGAAGGUUUACUUAUAACAAAUACUCAUAAUGGAGAAAAAAAAAUUCCUUUGGAUCAAACUCAAUUGCUCAUUAGAGGUACUCGGUUAAAGAGCAUUUCAUGGAUUUAUGGCAUCGUUAUUUUUACAGGCCAUGAAACAAAACUCAUGAAAAAUACUACUGCAACUCCCACCAAAAGAACUAAUAUGGAAAAAAUGGUCAAUCUUCAAAUUAUUUACUUAAUUGGAAUUCUUUUGACAUUAAGUCUAGUGUGUGCCAUGGGAAGUGAUGUGAUGGCC